AUGUUUCCACCGGGAUUAUUUUACAUUUUAUCUCGUAAACAUGGCUUUGCACUCGAUGUUUACGAUGGACAAACAAAGGAGGGCGCCAAUAUAAUUGUUUGGCCGCAAAAAUUCCAAGAUAGUGAUAACCAAUUGUGGACCUUUGACAAUGGACGCCUUAUUAAUAAGAAAUCUGGUCUUGUCUUGGACAUUUCCUCAAGCGCAUUCAAAAAAGAUAAAACAAUUGUUCAGAAAGAACGUAAAGCCAACAAACAAUCUCAAGAAUGGAUUUACGAUCAAGGAUUUAUAUGUUCCAAAGAAUAUCCCAGUCUUGUCCUUGACAUUAGAGGAGAUAGUAACAAAGGCGGAGCACAGGUCUUACUGUACAAGCGUAAAGAUACUGAUAAUUUGAACCAGCUUUGGCAGCUGGAAUCCUAUCAAAAGAUUGAAGGGGCACUGAACAUGGCAACAACCAGUGUGCCAUUACAUAAAAAGGAAGGGUUUGGUCAGCCUAGACCAGGUUAUGGUGCUGAGCCUGGUGUUCCUCCUGAAUUAAAUAAAGUGCCUGAAAAUAAUAAGAUCGCUGGUAUUGGUAAUACUAAUGCAGCCACACCAACAACAAAUAAAGUGGAUGAAUCGCGAACUGAUCCUUCUUUGGCGCAAUAUGGAUCUUUCUACGGAGGAACUAGUACUGCAAAUCCUGCUCCUCAAGCUGGACCAACUGCUUCUACUGGCUAUCCACCUCAGCAUAUGCCUUCAACCAAUGAUUAUCCUCCUCCUCCUCAACCAGGACCAACUCCAUCAUCCCCCUAUCCACAAUCACCAAAUUUACCGUCCAAUUAUCAACAGCCUCAGCAUUCGAAUAACCUGCCCGCCUUUCCCCAGCCAUCUAGUUAUCCUCCUGCUCCUUCCUCUCCUUCAGGCUAUAAUGCAGGCUAUCCUGGCCCUGGUGGUCCAUCUUUCCCAAAUCCAGGAUUCCCCCAAGGCCCUUCUGGAGCCUCAGGAUUUCCAGAACCAGGUAAUAUGGGUGUUCCCAGCAGUGGCAUGGGCAUGCCUGCACCUGGUAACCAACAUCAAGGUUAUCCUCCACCACCUGUACCAGACAGGCCUUCCAAUCAACAUGCCCAAUAUGGAUAUCCCUCUUAUCCUCAAUAA